UGUGUCGGCCCGUAUAAAGGCUUCGGUCGUCGGGUGGCCGUCACACAUCAACCUGUGAGCUCCUGCAGUCAUGAACAAGUUUUUGGCUGUCGUUGUGCUGGCGGCGGUGGCCUCGGCCGCUGAAAAGAAGGAGGACCUCAAGACCGAGGAAUCCCACCCGGUGGUCUCCUACGGCAGCGGCUAUGGUUACGGAGGCCACUCUGGUCCCAGCUACAGCCGCUCCCAUUCGUACACCAGGACCUACAGCAAGCCCAGCUACGGAUACGGACAUGAUAACAGCUACGACUACAAGCCCAGCUACGGCUACGGCAGCUCUGGCUACGGCAGCUCUGGCUACGGCAGCUCUGGCUACGGCAGCUCUGGCUACGGCUACUCCCGCCCCUCGUACGGCUACGGCCACUCCACGAGCAACGGCUACGGUCGUCCCAGCUACGGUUACACCAGCUACGGCUCCGACAACAGCUACGGCCGCGACUACGGCUACGGCCAUGGCUACGGCUCCGACCGCGGUCACGGCUACGGCUACUCUGGCUACAGCCGUCCCUCCUACGGCCACGGCUACUCUGGCCACGGCUCUGGCUACGGCCACUCUGGCUACGGCUACAGCGCUCCUUCAUACUCGUACUCUCGCAGCUACGGCUAUUCGGCUCCGUCGUAUGGUUACGGAUACGGCCACUAGAUGUCACUGAACACAGUUGACCCCAAGAUCUGACCUGGUCUGGUUUUGUCAGUGGUGGUGUCAGUUAGUUUGCCAGACGGUGACCAUUAAUAGCGAAAGGUCUUUCUGAUUAGUGUUACUUAUGUUCACUUACCCUCGCAUGUGUACAGGGACCCGCAGUUGCUUCUGUACACACUAGUAUUUCAGCGUAUUCUUUGCCUGUGACACCGUUGGAGGCGAAUUGGGAAAUGAUUGUGUGCUUAUUAAAACCACCAUCUGAAAGGCUUUAAACUGAUGUGCUGCUCUCCUAAUUCAGUGAACUUUUUAUGGCUAUAUCAGCAAAACAUUGUUUUCAGCGCUUUUUCCUGCCCCAUUCCUUCUAAAACCUGGAACCGCUUAUUCCAUUUACUCCUGCCAUCUGACGAUGGUCGUGCUGACUACUAGUUCCGGCGCUAGUUACUGCUCCAGUUUUGCACCCGGCACAAACUCAGGCGGCACCGGGCCGUGGCUCGACCAGAGGAGGGUCGGACCGAGCCGACUGCCUGGGGCGCGGUUAGAUCGGACGCCGUGCUGGGGAAGGGGACGGGAGUGAGGGGGAGGGGAGGAGGUGAUCACGUGGUCUGUCCAAGCUCGCAGACGGCCUGUCCUGCGCCCAGCCAUGUUCCGUGAUCCAAAAUGGCACGAGAGCUGUGGAAUGCGUGGAGGAGACGCUUCGAAAGCGAACUUCAGCGGCACUAAUUUGCCAUAUUCUGUGGAGAUAAAUGAAUAUUAUCUUAUUGCAGAAAAAAUUGUAUGCCUAAGCUGUAUAGUGUAUAAGCUGUAUCUUUUUAUAAAGUUGUAAAUAGGAUUAUUUUUAGGGACUUAUGGUCUCGUAUACACAGUGAAUUGUGUUACAUUAAGCCGUUUCGCUGUUAUGGUUACUAACUGAAGAGUUAUCUUUUUUUUUCUCACAGGGAAUGACAAUACAAUAGCAAUACGAAUAAAA